CCGCCGAACUGAGGCCACUUCCGGGCUGGUCCGCCAGCAGCGAACAUGGCGGAUCAGCUGCUGGAGAUGGUGGAGAAGCUGCAGUCCAGGCUCUCGGAGAACCAGGAGCCUCGCAAGCUGCUGAAGACCCUGAGGAGGCUGGAAGUUCUUCCCAUGACUGUGGACAUCCUGGUGGAAACUGGGGUGGGGAAGGCUGUGAACUCUCUGCGGAAGCAUGAAGUUGUAGGGGAAGUGGCCAAGAACCUGGUGGCCAAGUGGAAGACGCUGGUUCCCCAGCCUGUGGUCAGGUGGGUCCGUGAGGGCAGGCCUGGUGAUGGGAAGGAGGUGAGGAGUCACACGCGGCGAUCUGAUGGAGGGAACAGGGUGCACAAACGGCCUAGAGAUCCCUCUCCAGAGCAGCCGCACUACAUAGGAGGGGAGGAGGAGCAGGAGGAGGAAGAAGAAGAAAUAGAGGAACAAGAACAGGAGGAGGAGGAGGCGGACAGUGGAUAUCGGCCCAGUUACUCCCUCUCGCCCCCGCAGCACCACUACAGCCCCCUUCAAGGAGGCUACCAAUCAGAGGGGUAUGAGAGCCCCCCUGAGGAUGGGCCUGUGCCCAGCCCCCCUCGCAAAGAGGUCAAACACAUGAAGCAGCACAAAGAUCGAGAGUCCGAACGACGGCGCCACCACGCGGACCACAGCCGGAGGGCUCAUAGUGGCAGCGUGAGCUGCACUGAUGGGAAGAAGCGUGCGGCUGCAGAGAGUGAGCGGCAGGCUAGUGCCACACACAGGUCCUCCAAACACAGCAGACACUCGACCCCACAUGGUGAGAGGGAAGGGAAGAAGGAGAAGGACAAGAAAGGGUUGGGUGAGGGCAGGUCGCAGGAGCGCAGGAGUAACCCAGAAGUGGCGCAAAGAGGUCAUGAUGAGGAAGAGGAGGCCUUCGAGGCACCCACCAUGUCUUUUGAGUCCUUCCUCACGUACGAUGCCCCCACCUCAAGCAAGAAGAAGAAAAAGAAGCCUCCUCGUCUUGCCCAGUGUUCUCAGCCCACCCCUGCUGCCGGCCCCUCGAUACCCACAAAGUCAAGCAAGUCCAAUGGGACGUGUAGCAAGCGGCCCGAACCCCCUGCGGCCCCUACCCCUGCAGCUCCUGCCCCAACAGCCCCGGUUGCAGAGAAGCGCCAGAAGGUCAUUGAUGAGGUUCCUAUGCUUCCUGACAUCCCCCUGCCAGCGAUCCAGCCCAACUACAGACCCCUGCCCUCCAUCGACAUCACCCCGCUGUCCCCGCAGAGACGCAAAGUUCCUGUGUCAUGUGAUGAGGAAGAUGCUGGAUUCAGUGGUCGGCGCCUCAACACCAAGACGGGUGUUUACUCGGGUUCAAAGACCACCUACCUGCCAAAGAUGAUGACUCUGUAUGAACAGUGCAUCCGGGUCCUGCAGAACAAUAUUGACUCAAUUGAUGAGGUUGGCGGCGUCCCAUUUGAGAUCCUGGAGCCUGUUCUGGAGAGAUGCACCCCUGAGCAGCUGUUCCGCAUCGAGCAAUAUAACCAGUGCUUCAUGGAGGAGACGGAUGAGCUAUGGAUGCGCCACUGCCGGCGGGACUUCAAGCACGAGUCGCCGCAGGAGUACGAGUCCUGGCGUGAGAUGUACCUGCGUCUGUACGACGAGAGGGAGGAGCGGCUGCGCACGCUAACCCAGAACAUCAGCUCCGCUCAUGCCCAGCGGCCCAAAGGUCGCCAGGUGAAAAUGGCGUACGUGAAUUCGGUGGUGAAACCCCCGCGUGAUGUCCGACGCCGGCAGGAGAAGUUUGGCACAGCGAGCGGCAGCGGAGGUGGUGGCGGCGGUGGCGGCGGUGGCGGUGGCUCCGGCUCCAGCUCCAGUCACAGCCCAGUUCGGGUGAGACCAGCACUCUCCUACAGCUCCCAGUCGGGUGACUCUGCUCACUCCAGCCACAGCAGCACCCCCCUGUCUGCUCGCUUGUCUGCUGGGGGGCAGGCUAGUGCCGGGGUUGCGCACGGAGCCAGAGACAGACCGCAAGUUAAAAAGAUUGCCCCCAUGAUGGCCAAAACUAUAAAAGCUUUCAAGAACAGGUUUUCCCGCCGAUAGAGAAGAGGAUGAUGUGAGCGAGCGAGCGAGAGAAGAAGAGCGAGAGGCUUUUUUUUUUUUUUUUUUUUUUAUUCAAAGCAUCAUGGGAGUUCUGUAGUACCCCUCCCCUUUUAAAACAUACCUCCCACACAUUGAAUAUUCGCAUACACCAUGUCUCAUGCACACACAGACCAGCAGAUGUGCCGUGUUCAGUCCGUAUGUACUGCACCCCACACCCUGGAUUUCUGUGUGCUUGUGAGGGAAGGAGUAGCGACAACAGGCUAAUGGACAGAGGGACAAAGGAAGUAGCUGGAUGGAAGGACAGAUGUGUGGAGAGACAG